GACCAAGUAUGACGAGCGUGAGUGGGUGUGGGUCGGUGAGCCUAAUUACUAACCGCAGUACGUUUCUGGGUAGCGGACUUCAACACCGUGCCGUUUUCCUGAAACCAUGGUCGUCGUCUUCUUCGAUUCAGUCUCGGCCCAUGGUCGUCGAAUCCAAAACCAAAACAAGCACCGAAGAUCGAACCGCCCGCCAUUCUCGUAUCCGUAAGAAGGUUAACGGUACAACAGAGAGGCCAAGGCUAUGCGUAUUCCGUUCAAACAAGCAUCUUUAUGUUCAAGUGAUUGAUGAUACUAAGAUGCACACUUUAGCUUCAGCCUCUACUAAGCAGAAACCUAUCUCUGAAGAGUUUGACUACACUUCUGGACCAACCAUUGAGGUAGCGAAGAAAGUUGGGGAAGUGAUAGCAAAAUCUUGCUUGGAGAAAGGGAUCACAAAGGUGGCCUUUGACCGUGGUGGCUACCCUUACCAUGGACGUAUUGAGGCUCUUGCUGCUGCAGCUCGUGAACACGGUCUUCAGUUUUAAUCCGUCAUUUUUCUUUCCUUUGUUUCUUUUCUGAGGAACUGAAAAUGUUCAAUCUUUUUUCUAUGAUUUUGGUAUAGCCAAUCAAGUCCCCCCUGAACAAACAUGUAUCCAAACACACAAAAGUAUCAUAAGUUGCAUAAGAACUGCAACUUCAGUGAAUCAUCAAGCAAGAGUAGAGAAUUUUCUUUA